UCGAUAGUCGCAAAAGCAAUCGAUGAUUCGCACCACAAGUAAAAAUUGCUGAGAAAAACGAAAACGCGAAAAAUGAAAACGCAAUACAGAAAAGCAAAAUUAAAGUGAAACCAAGUGCAAAAACGAAGGAGCUAAAGAUUGCGUGCACACAACUCCCGCGAGGACGCAACUACGACAACUACAGCUACCAACUAACAACUAACGGUCAUAAAAAGUCAAACGCAAGGCAGCCCGAGGAGAAGGUGCUAGCCACGCCCCCCGCUGCAGCCCCCGCGUAGGGAGCCCCGCCCACCCGCAUCUCCACUCUGCUCCACUUAAAUAGAGAUUCGACAACAACACCCGCUGCAUCCGCAUUCACAUCCGCAUCCGCGAUGGCGAGUGAUAAGAUCAAAGUCGCCGUAAGGGUGCGACCCUUCAAUCGCCGAGAAAUCGAACUGGAUACGAAAUGUAUCGUAGAAAUGGAAAAACAGCAGACUAUUCUGCAGAAUCCGCCAACACUGGAGAAAAUCGAAAGAAAACAACCAAAGACAUUUGCAUUCGAUCACUGCUUUUACUCAUCGAACCCCGAGGACGAGAACUUUGCGUCCCAGGAGACUGUGUUCGAUUGCGUGGGACGUGGAAUUCUGGAUAAUGCAUUCCAGGGCUAUAAUGCGUGCAUAUUCGCUUACGGCCAGACAGGUUCUGGCAAGUCCUACACGAUGAUGGGCUCCCAGGAGAGCAAGGGCAUCAUUCCACGUCUGUGUGACCAGCUCUUCUCGGCCAUAGCAAACAAAUCCACACCAGAGCUUAUGUACAAGGUGGAGGUGUCCUACAUGGAGAUUUAUAACGAGAAGGUCCACGAUCUGCUCGAUCCCAAGCCGAACAAACAGUCGCUCAAGGUACGCGAGCAUAAUGUAAUGGGCCCGUAUGUGGACGGACUGUCGCAGCUGGCUGUGACAUCCUAUCAGGAUAUCGACAACCUGAUGACCGAGGGCAACAAGUCGCGAACGGUGGCCGCCACCAAUAUGAACGCCGAGUCGUCGCGCUCCCACGCCGUCUUCUCGGUGGUCCUCACGCAGAUACUCACGGAUCAGGCGACGGGCGUGAGCGGCGAGAAGGUGUCCCGCAUGUCCCUGGUGGAUUUGGCUGGCUCCGAGCGGGCUGUGAAAACGGGAGCUGUUGGCGAUCGUCUCAAGGAAGGCUCCAACAUCAACAAAUCUCUGACCACACUUGGCCUGGUCAUCUCCAAGCUGGCCGAUCAAUCCAAUGGCAAGAAGAGCGGUAACGACAAAUUCGUUCCCUACCGCGAUUCCGUGCUCACCUGGCUGCUAAAGGACAACUUGGGUGGCAACUCCAGGACUGUAAUGGUAGCGACAAUCUCGCCGUCAGCAGAUAAUUACGAGGAGACGCUUUCCACGCUGCGUUAUGCAGAUCGAGCCAAGCGCAUUGUUAACCACGCUGUUGUCAACGAAGAUCCCAAUGCCCGCAUCAUUCGUGAGCUGCGACACGAGGUGGAGACCCUCAGAAGUAUGCUGAAACAUGCCACUGGUUCACCGGUGGGCGAUGUGCAGGAUAAGCUAGCGGAGAGCGAGAACCUGAUGAAACAGAUUUCGCAGACUUGGGAGGAGAAGCUGGUUAAGACAGAACGCAUUCAGAACGAACGGCAGCAGGCUCUAGAGAAAAUGGGCAUUAGUGUACAGGCCAGUGGCAUCAAGGUAGAGAAGAACAAGUACUACUUGGUCAAUUUAAAUGCCGAUCCGUCCCUCAACGAGUUGCUGGUCUACUAUCUGAAGGAUCGCACACUGAUUGGUGGACGCAGUAUCAGUGGCCAGCAGCCGGAUAUACAACUUUCCGGUCUCGGAAUUCAGCCCGAACACUGUGUGAUCACCAUCGAAGAUAGUGGACUAUAUAUGGAGCCAGUGCAGGGAGCGCGCUGCUUUGUCAACGGAUCUGCUGCUGUCGAAAAGACACCACUCCAGAACGGCGACCGUAUCCUGUGGGGCAACCACCACUUUUUCCGCGUCAACUCGCCGAAGAGUAACAACACUAGUAUGUGCGCCUCGGAGCCCCAGACGCCGGCGCAACUGAUUGAUUACAAUUUCGCACGCGAUGAGAUUAUGCAGAACGAACUGAGCAACGACCCUAUCCAGACGGCCAUUGCUCGACUGGAACGCCAGCACGAGGAAGAUAAGCAGGUGGCGCUUGAAAAACAACGUCAGGAGUACGAGCGUCAGUUCCAGCAGCUGCGCAAUAUUCUGUCGCCUAGUACACCGUAUGCUCCUUACGCUCCUUACGAUCCACUGCGCAUGGGCAAGAUUACCCCAAAUACUCCCACCUCGCAGAUGCGGGUGGAAAAGUGGGCACAGGAACGAGAUGAGAUGUUCCGUCGCAGUUUGGGUCAGCUGAAAACGGAUAUUAUGCGUGCGAAUUCCCUGGUCCAGGAGGCCAACUUUUUGGCCGAGGAGAUGGAGAAGAAGACCAAGUUUUCAGUCACUCUGCAGAUUCCGCCAGCCAAUCUGAGUCCCAACAGAAGGCGUGGGGCAUUUGUCAGCGAACCCGCUAUUCUGGUGAAGCGCACAAACUCCGGUAGCCAGAUCUGGACGAUGGAGAAGCUGGAAAACAAGCUGAUUGACAUGCGCGAGAUGUACCAGGAGCACAAGGAGCGCGUUUUAAACGGAUUGCCCCUUAUAGAGCCAUUCUCAGACGACGAGUUCGAUGACAAGGACGAGGAUAAUGCCAAGCCACAGGAUCCGUUUUACGAGUCGCAAGAGAACCACAAUCUCAUUGGCGUGGCAAAUAUAUUCCUGGAGGUUCUGUUUCAUGACGUCAAGCUGGACUACCACACGCCGAUCAUCAGCCAGCAAGGCGAGGUAGCGGGUCGUCUACAGGUGGAGAUCGAACGGAUUGCCGGCCAAAUGCCACAAGACCGCAUGUGCGAGUCCGUCUCAGAAUCGUCUGGCGAUUCACGGGACGAGUACGAUGACCCGGUGGAUCCCUCAUCCAAUCAGAUUACCUGCCGUGUGACGAUCAAGUGCGCCAGUGGACUGCCAUUAUCGCUCUCCAACUUUGUCUUCUGCCAGUACACUUUUUGGGGUCACCAAGAGAUGGUUGUCCCGGUUAUCAAUGCCGAAUCAACGGCGCACGACCAGAACAUGGUGUUUAAGUUCGAACACACCCAGGACUUCACGGUUACCAUAAACGAAGAGUUUUUGGAGCACUGCAUAGAAGGAGCUCUGUCCAUCGAGGUGUGGGGCCAUCGCAGUGCCGGCUUCUCCAAGACAAAGGGCUGGGAAGUGGAGCAGCAGCAAGCCAAGGCCCGUUCCCUGGUCGAUCGCUGGGCGGAGCUGUCGCGGAAGAUCGAGCUUUGGGUGGAGAUCCACGAGCUUAAUGACAACGGCGAAUAUUCGCCUGUAGAGGUGACCAAUCGCAACGAGGUCUUAACCGGUGGCAUUUACCAGUUGCGUCAGGGUCAGCAACGGCGUGUAAAUGUACGAGUGAAGCCGGUGCAGAACUCUGGCACCUUGCCCAUUAUCUGCCAGUCGAUUGUGAACGUUGCCAUUGGCAGUGUGACAGUGCGAUCUCGGCUGCAGCGACCACUGGAUUCUUACCAGGAGGAAGAUCUCACCGUGCUGCGCGAGAAGUGGAGCGAAGCACUGGGACGAAGACGUCAAUAUCUUGAUCAACAAAUCCAAAUGCUUAUAAAGAAGGAGGAGAAGAACGAGCAGGAGCGAGAGAGGGAGCUAAGCUUGGUUCAUCAGUGGGUCUCGUUGACGGAGGAGCGCAAUGCGGUGCUGGUGCCAGCUCCUGGCUCAGGCAUUCCCGGAGCACCUGCCUCAUGGGAGCCACCGUCCGGCAUGGAGCCCCAUGUGCCCGUCCUCUUCCUCAACCUUAACGGCGACGAUUUGUCGGCACAGAACACCAACGAUGAGCUCUCCGUCGCGGGCAUUAAUUCCAUUCUGUCCAAGGAGCAUGGACAUAAGUUCUACACGCUGCAAAUCCUGCAGCACCUGGAUAAGGACGUGUGCUGUGUGGCCAGCUGGGACUCUUCGAUGCACGACAGUCAAGCCCUGAACCGUGUCACUGAGGCCAACGAGCGGGUCUACCUUAUUCUGCGCACCACGGUACGCCUUUCGCAUCCAGCGCCCAUGGAUCUCGUGCUCCGCAAGCGACUGAGCAUUAACAUCAAGAAGGGACAGACGCUAACCGACCGCCUUAAGAAAUUCCGACUCGUGCGGGGAGAGAAUGCCAUCUGGCAGAGCGGCGUCACCUAUGAGGUGGUCUCUAACAUUCCAAAGGCUUCCGAGGAGUUGGAGGACCGCGAGUCCCUUGCGCAAUUGGCGGCCAGCGGAGAUGAUUGCUCCGCAAGUGAUGGCGAAACCUACAUAGAGAAAUACACGCGCGGUGUUUCGGCGGUGGAGAGCAUACUGACUCUGGAUCGACUGCGGCAGAAUGUGGCGGUCAAGGAGCUGGAAACGGCACAUGGUCAGCCGCUCAGCAUGCGCAAGACCGUCAGUGUGCCGAACUUCUCACAGGCGGUCAAAGACACCACCAAUACCGGGAGUAUUAUGCGCUUCGAUGCAUCGAUGGAGUCGCUGCUGAAUGUGGGACGAUCCGAGUCCUUUGCCGAUCUCAAUAACAGCGCUUUAGGCAACAAGUUUACUCCAGCAGGUCACAGUCCAGCGGGAGCAGGCGGAGUCAUCCGAAGUCGCCACAGCUUUGGAGGCAAAGGAAGCAGCGAUGAUUCUCCCGGAAAAGCCUUUGGAAUUGGCUCAAUAUCUCUGCUGUCAGCGCGUCCAACAUUUUUGAAUCUCAAUUUGAACUUGAACACUUUGAGAAUUGCGCCAACGAAACCUUCGCCAGCUACUAGUAAGCUGCUGGGCAUGCGCAUGACCACGUUGCACGAGGAGCCACUGGGCGGACACAGAUCUCUCGACGAAGAGCCUGAGGAUAGCUACAGCGACUCGGAGUACGCUGCCGAGUACGAGCAGGAGCGGCAGCAAAACAAAAGCAUGGCCACGCGAUCCCGCCUCACGGCUUCCAAGACCAUGGACUCAUUCAUGGACGUCAGCAGCCAUUCGAACCAGAGCUACUUGAGUUACACGUCCAGUGCCAACACUAACAUGAAGCAUCUGACCGGCUUGGCGACGCUGAGCAUGAGCUCAUCCACCAGCAGUGGCUAUGGUUCUCAGGCUGUCUCCUGCAACAAUCUGAGCAACGAGGAUAUUGCUUCAAUGCGUUCCAUGAGCAUUGAUGAGACUCCAGAUUUCGAUCGAGUCAACUCGAACUCGCCACCGAACCGGCUGGCACGAGUUAACCCCUUCCUUAAGGACAUGCCCAAAGCUAAAAUACAAGAGCAACCAGAGCCGCAGGCCAAGAAGCUGCAGGAAGCAUUCACGCAUCCGUUGGAGCAGCUGGAGGCCAGGGAAAACGCACAAAGUGACGAAGAUGAAUGCGCGCAACUGCCAAAGAAUAACAACAACAACGAGGACUUGGUAAAGGAGCCGAAUCAACCUGCAGGCCAAACGGAGAUGGAAGAAGCUGAACCGCAACCUGAAUCACGAACGGAGUUUGCCACAGACAAUCAGAACGGCAACAGGUCCUCCGACGAGUUAAGCCACAGUUCCGAGGAUCUGCUCGAAGGCGAUGGCAUCGUCCGGGAAGAGUUGCCCGCCGGAAAGGUGGUGCGGCGCAAGAAGUCCAACACCCAGCCCCCGACCAAUGGCAACAGCAUAAAUAACAACAACAACAGCACAAGCCAGGCACCACGCAUCAAUCACCGGGCAUCGGUGGCCAAAAUGGAGGGUCUGGCCGCAUACAUGGACUCUAGCAUUAUGACCAGCAGCACAGAAGUUGAUGAGGAAAGCAAGGAUGUGGAAGUGGUUCUGCCCGAGUGGAUUGAGGUGGGCGAGUCAGUGGUAAUCCGACCCUAUAACACCAGCGGCGUCAUCCGCUUUGUGGGGACCACGGAAUUCCAACCCGGUGCUUGGAUUGGCGUUGAAUUGGACACACCGACGGGCAAAAACGACGGCAGCGUGAAGGGCGUUCAGUAUUUCCAGUGCAAGCCCAAGCACGGCAUGUUUGUGCGCUCCGAUAAGUUGAUGCUGGACAAGCGUGGCAAGGCGAUGCGAGCCUACAAGGCCGCCGAGAAGAGCAACAGCAUCAGCAAAGAGAUGAGUACCUCGAUGACUGGUUCGAUGACACGAUCCAAGAGCCGCGGCGAUUCGCUAAACCUUUCGGCGCGUAAAUGAUUGUACCCAAAGUGUUCGCAUCAGCUGCAGCGUUGGACUAAUUGCAGGCAAUCGACGGUAGCCACCAGCGCUGCCAGCAGCCAGCCGGCGACCUGCCACAGAUUGCGUGCAACCAGCGGCGCUGCAGAUGCGAACAGUCAUGGCAAGAAAUGCUAUGCCAAUCGACGCUCGACGGCCUUCUAAAGCCGCCAACCAGGAUGACAAUGUCGAGAACGAGGUGGACGAGGGAAAUGCGACUCGACAAGCAACGAACAAUGCGGAGCAUACUCUUCAUGCCAAUCAUAUUCUAGCUUACUUACCUAUUCUCACCCCAUGCCGCAAAUGAAAUGCCGUACACUUAUCCACACGCUUCUCUAAGUAGUUUAAGGCGGUGUCUACAGCAGAACUAAUUAUUAAUCUAGCUAAACUAAACUAAAUGAAACGAAUCGAUACUAAUCUAAACUAAGCCGGGUAGGCAUUUGCGUAGUUGCAAUAUUUCGAACACUUGAGCGAGAUCGUAAAAUUUAGCGACCCUUCGAUAAAUGUAUAUGUGAAACAAUCACUUUUGAUUCCAUUGUUUUGUGUUCGUGUAGUUAAUUGUCGUUUAUUGCUUUUCGAUUUUUGAAUGAAGCGCUUUACUUGAUAUAUUUUGUAAUGGUUCUUUGCCUUUAGUUUAGUUAAAUUGUUUUUGAUAUCAAUGUGACUUGGUUAACGAUGAGCUUAUAUGUUUACUUGUUAUUGACUAUAUUCAAUAUAUAAAUCAUUUGUAUAUAUUUAUAAUUAAGACCUUGCAAUAAUUUCGUCUCCAUGUUUCCUUUCCUAAGCUCAUUUUCUUUUUAGCGCAUUUAUAUACAAUUACCAAUACAAUACGAUGUUAGUAAUAAUGAAAGCAACAUAUUCUUUAGAGCUGCGUCUAAGCAAUUGAAGCCUCCUAAGAUUGUCGUAUCUUGGAACUUACUCCCCGAUUAAGUCGCUUCGCACCGUCGCAGUUAAUGUGUAAAUUGUAUUAUUUUCAUGUGAUGUAUUUAUAAUUUCCUUUUAUAUAUGCAUAUAUAUAAAUAAAAUUUAUUUUACCGUA